UACUCUCUAGCUGUUCACCAGAAGAAGAGGAAGAAGAGUUCUGAGAAUGGCAAAAUCACCAGAAGAAGAACACCCUCAGAAGGUUUUUGGUUGGGCUGCCAGAGACUCUUCUGGCUCACUUUCUCCCUUCCAUUUCUCUAGAAGGGAAAAUGCUGAUGGUGAUGUAACAAUAAAAGUCCUGUAUUGUGGUGUUUGCCAUUCAGACUUGCAUUCUGUCAAGAACGAAUGGGGGUUCACCAACUAUCCUAUUGUACCGGGGCAUGAGAUUGUUGGUGUUGUGACCAAAACGGGGAAAAGUGUGACAAAAUUCAAAGAAGGUGAUCGUGUAGGAGUUGGGGUUAUAGUGGGAUCCUGCAACACAUGUGAGCCUUGCCAGCAGGACUUGGAGAACUAUUGCCCCAAAGUGAUAUUCACCUACAACUCUCUUAAUCAUGACUAUACUAAAACUUAUGGUGGUUACUCUGGUAUGAUUGUUGUUGAUCAUCGCUAUGUGCUCCGGUUUCCUGAUAACUUACCUCCAGAUUCUGGCGCUCCACUUCUUUGUGCUGGGAUCACUGUGUAUAGUCCUAUGAAGUAUUAUGGCAUGACAGAGCCUGGUAAGCAUUUGGGUGUGGCAGGACUUGGUGGAUUAGGCCAUAUUGCUGUCAAAAUUGGUAAGGCAUUUGGUUUGAAGGUAACUGUCAUCAGUACUUCCCCAGCUAAGGAGGAAGAAGCUAUAAACAGACUUGGAGCUGAUUCUUUUGUUGUUUCAACUGAUCCUGCACAACUGAAGGCAGCAAUGGGUACCAUGGAUUACAUAAUGGACACAGUAUCUGCAGUGCAUGCCCUGGCUCCAUUAAUUGGUCUACUUAAGUUGAACGGGAAGCUGGUUACUGUUGGUUUGCCUAAUAAGCCACUGGAGCUGCCUAUAUUUCCAUUGGUACUGGGGAGGAAGCUCGUUGGUGGCAGUGACAUCGGAGGGAUAAAAGAGACUCAGGAGAUGCUUGACUUCUGUGCCAAACACAACAUUACCUCCGAAAUCGAGCUGAUUAAAAUGGAUUACAUUAACACGGCUAUGGAGCGACUUGCCAAAGCGGAUGUCAGGUAUCGGUUUGUGAUAGAUGUGGAGAACUCCUUGUCUCAGUAGACUUGGCUUAGUUGAGGCAUUAACUAUCUUGUUUGA